AUGAGUUCCAUCCACACCUUUUCCAUCGCUGGCUUCAUCCAGGUCUCCGAUUGGAAGUACAUUUGCGCAACUAUUGUUGUCCCUGCUCUUAUCAUCACGGCUUGGUGGAUCGUUGCUCCCUUCUUCUCUCCUCUAGGGCAGUUUCCUAGCCCCAGCUUAGCCGGCUGGACCAACUUAUGGCGACUGUCCGUGGUAAGGAAGGGUAGCUAUCAUCUGAAGAUCAAAGAACUUCAUGAGAAAUAUGGUCCUGUUGUUCGAAUUGGGCCCAACACCCUUGACCUGGAUUUCCCCGAACUCAUCAAAACUCUUUACGGAACCGAUGGCAAGUGGCAAAAGACCGAGUUUUACCACAACAAUAGUGCUGUCAUAAAUGGCAAGAUCACGUAUCAUCUAUUUAGCACCACUGAUCAGGCUGAACAUGCCCGGAUGAAGCGCCCCAUUGUCAAAUACUACAGCCAGAGUAGCGUUAUAGGUCUCGAGCCCCUCUUCGACACUCUCAUCGAAGACUUUUGCGGCCACCUCGAGAAGCGUUUCAUGAGUGACGCCCAGCCCAAGGAAUGCGACCUCGGCGAAUGGAUCGGGUUCUACUCCUGGGACACCAAUGGUGCCGCCUCUUUCAGCAAGCGCUUUGGCUACAUGGAUAAGGGCUUCGACUAUGAUGGCACAAUUGGAAUUGCCGACAAGGCUCUUGACUACUUCGCCGCUGUUGGCCAAAUGCCUUUUCUGGACUUUCUGCUUGAUAAGAAUCCCGUCAUGCGGAUUGGGCCUCCCAACUUGGCCAACAUCACCAAGAUUUCCCUUGACCAUCUGAUCGCCCGCCUUCAGGGCAAGGAUUCCAACUACGACCCCAAAGUUCCUGAUUUCUUGCAGCACUUUAUCGAAUCCAAGGAGACUCACCCUGAACUCGUCAAUGAUGGCGUCAUAAUGGGAUACCUCCUUGUCAACCUUCUUGCCGGCGCUGACACUACCGCAAUUACGAUUCGUGCCAUUUUCUGGUAUGCUCUUCACAAUCGUGAGGCCUAUAAGAAGCUGGAGGCAGAAAUCCUCGCCGCCAACCUCGCCGAUAUUGCUUCUUUCAGUUCCGCUCGUGCCCUGCCCUACUUUGAGGCUGUUGUUCGUGAGGCAAUGCGAAUGCAUCCAGGUGUCUGCAUGCUCUUGGAGCGCUACGUUCCCGACUCGGGCCUGAAACUCCCCGACGGACGCUAUAUUCCUGCUGGUACUGCUGUCGGCAUCAACCCCUACGUUGUCGGCCGUAACAAGGGCAUCUGGGGUGACGAUGCCGACACCUACCGCCCUGAGCGUUGGCUGCAGAAUGAAGACGAGACGGACAUUGGUUACAAGGAGCGCCUUCGUCUCUACAACGCAUCAGACCUGACUUUCGGUGGCGGGUCUCGAAUUUGUAUCGGUCGAAACCUCGCCCAAUUGGAGGUGUAUAAGAUUGUCGCGACUUUAAUCCGUCGCUAUGAGAUAUCGCUUGUUGACGCUGACCAACCUUGGGAGGUUACCGGCAGUUGGUUCCCGCGCCAGAAAGGACUUAAAUGCUACUUGAAGUUGCGUUAG